UGCCAGACAGAUCGUACAUUAAACAGAUAAUCCUAAUGUCUAUUUGUGAAUACUGCAUUUUAUUUAGGAAUCUGAAAAACAUAAACAUUGGAAUAUGUUCUAUUAACGACUGUAGGGAUCUUUUAACGAAUACCGACUAUUUAAACAAGCAGACGCGGAAUGUUGAUGAGAAUAAUUUCUACUUCAAGUAAUUAGAAUCAUUUUGCUUGCACACACGUUAUUUGUGAUUUUGCAAGGAGCAGUUCUGAAAUAAAGUUGUGGAAUUUACGUACGUGUUUGUUGUCCAGCGAAUCGGGGAGUGGUAGAUAUAAGUAAUAAUAUAGAUGUAAGAACAUGAACCAUUUUCCUCUGUUAAUCAAUUGUUUCAUUGCGAAUAACACACCUUCAGUUAAAGCCAGUUGUGAUCAGAAUACAAGGAAUUAAGGAAUAAAUUAAGAUAAAUUGCCGACGGCCUUAGUGGAUUUCUGAUUAGUAAUAAUUGGCACCAUAAUUUCCCUAUUUUGUCGUCUGCUGCAAUAGCAAUGGAGUCAGGAGAAGAAAACGAUAAACUUUUCCGCCAGUUGAAGAAGCAAAAGUCAGUUAAGAUUGCAGACGACAGGACGGAAAUCGUUGUAUCUGGGGAGAAACAUGGGCCAUUGUUCAAAUCCAUGCCUAAAUUACCACUGGCUGCUGCCGUGAUAUGUUGCCUUUUAAACAUUAUUGUUCCGGGUUUUGGAACAUUGAUAUCGGCGUUUACAGUAUUAUGCGGUGCCCCUACAGCGCUCAACAGGAAAACUGCGGCUUUUUUAUUCAACCUUCUUUCAGCAUUCCUCCAGAUGGUUACGUUUAUUAUCAUUGUAGGCUGGGUAUGGAGCAUAUUGUGGGGCAUGAAUAUGGUCACCCUAGCAAUGAACUGGGGUGAAGAAAAAAGAACACCUUAUUAUUGCCGUCGACAGAGCAGCAUCGACGUCCCUUGAAUACAGAAUUAUUGAAAUUCAUCUAUGUGUUUUGUCAGUUACGCCUGCUCAUCAGGAAGCAAAGACAGACAACGUGCUUUUACGGACUGAAUUGUGUUAUAUAGUAAUAUGAAGUAGCAGAAUUUUACAGAGGGGUUCUUAUCAAUAAACAAGCAAUUUCUUAGCGCUUUUUCCAUGAUAACAUCUUUCGUUACAAGGAUAUGGGUUAAACGUAGGUUUGAGUCAUUGAUACAUACGUCCAUUUUCUUUUGUGUUGUCGGAGGUUUUACAUUAAUAAUUUUGCAUCUCUAUAAAUUUUCAUUCCUGUGUAAAUGUCUGAAGUGUCAAUUAUUUAUAUCGCUUCCAUUCCGCUAUCAAGACUUACAUUUACAGUUUACAGGAAUCAUACAGGAACUGGUUCAUAUGAAUCCUAAAUUAUAGAUUUCACUGUUGCUUCCAAAUAGAUAUGAGCCGUGCCAUGAGAAAACCAACAUAGUGGCUUCGCGACCAGCUUGGAUCCAGACCAGCCUGCGCAUACGCACAGUCUGGUUAGGAUCAAUGCUGUUCGCUUUUAAAGCCUACUGUAGUUAGAGAAACCGUUAGUGAACAGCAUGGAUCCUGACCAGACUGCGCGGAUGCGCAGGCUGGUCUGGAUCCAUGCUGGUCGCAAAGCCACUAUGUUGGUUUUCCCACGACGCGGCUCAUAUAAUUGUUAUGAAAGGAAUACAAAUAUACUAUUACAUAACUUCCUAUACAAAUCAGCGGUCCAUUGACCUGUGAAAUGUGCAACACUAACGUUUGCUGGGCUAAAGCCAAAACUUGAAGAAAAAAGAAGAAAAUGUAUUGAUGAUGUCAUGUAAUAAAACACCUAUCAAACAGGUUGCUGGUCAAUAUUCAAAAUUAUUUGCCCUCGGUAUUUUUGUCUAUUAACCGGCAAAUAUAAAAAAUAGCUGCGUACAGAAGUCAAUCAAGUACAAGUCAACCUGUACAGAUUGGUUCAAGUUUAAGAAGAGAGAUUAAGUUUACUGGUCAACCACAGUUAUACAGAUAGAUUCAGCCAUAAAAAAAGAGAUUCGUCAAGAGGCAUACUUACGGAAAGAAGUAAUUAGAUUAAAUAUGCGUGUGAGUGUAAAUGGGCUUAAUUGGUAAAGUUGUAUCUGUACUGAAUGAUUCAACAAUGAGUAUAUACAUUGUUUACGGUAUUUGUAUAAAUUUAAAUCAUUAAUUUUACCUUUUUUAUUUCCUAACUCCGUACCACGAAAGUUAAAAUGACGAAAGACGAAACUACGAUUGUGUAAGUUGAAAUUACAGAAGUCAAUCUAGUACAAGUCAACCUGUACAGAUUGGUUCAAGUAUAAGAAGAGAGAUUAAGUUUACUGGUCAACCACAGUUACACAGAUAGAUUCAGCCAUAAGAAAGAGAUUCGUCAAGAGGCAUACUUACGGAAAAAAAGUACUUAGAUUAAAUAUGCGUGUGAGUGUAAAUGGGCUUAAUUGGUAAAGUUGUAUCUGUAAAUGAGUAUAUCCAUUGUUUUUGGUAUUUGUAUAAAUUUAAAUCAUUAAUUUUGUGUAUUUACUUCCGAUUGAAUGAGACAACUGUUUAUAUAUGAUGUAAAAUUAUUCGUUUCUGUAUCGUAUAUUUAUAUUGUCGUCUUUAAUACUGCAGUAUUUGGCAAAACAACAUAAAAACAGCUUUUUAAAAAGGACGUUAUAAGUACUUGAAGCAUUUAUUAUUUUUUAUAUUGUAACUGCUAAUGCGGUAGCUUACCAUGAGACAUGAAGCAUACUCUGCAGAAGAUAUGCAUUUACAUAAUUUAUGAAAAAGUAGGGGUCAUAUAAAAAUGCAUUUUAAUGUUUGUAGUUUCUAUUUCCUCUUGGCACUGUCGUGCAGUCGCUAAAGAAUUGAUUGAUAUAAUUAUGUUUGAAGAUAUUUCUUUAUUUUUUUUCAACAUAAUUCGAUCUAAAAUUGAAACGUCUUAAUUUCAGCAAAGUUUCUUGUCGAGAAAAAUUUGAAAUUGAUACCAAUCUUGAAAUUAGUUCAAGGGUACGAUAGGGUAAACGUAAACCAGAAAGGAAACCUACCUAAAUAUCAAGCGAAAACAUGUAUUGAACGUAUAUUUGUUUUCAGCUGGAGUUCGCUAAGCUGUUGGACGAUACUUUUACACGAAAUUGUAUCUUACAUUUUCAUUUAUUCUGGCUGGAAUGCACUUUAAUCGUCGACUGGAAUAUAUAAUUAUCUUCUACAAUUCAUAUACAAUGUUUGAAGCUGGAUUUCAAAUGCCAAAAUGUAUCAGUUGGCCUCCUUUCUUUUUUUUAUUUUGAUCUCAUUUAUAAAUAUUGUAUCUGUUAUUUUGGUGUAAUUCGGCUUUUUUAAACUGAGCAUGUUUUCUAUAUGCCAUUUAUUGUAUGUACUUCUUUUCUUUCCAGUUGAGUUAUUUAUUAUUAAUGAAUUAAAGACAAAGAAAAACUA